CAAAAUACAGAAGCUCUUCAGCACCAGCAGCACCGUCCUGUCCACUAAGGAAGAUGGUCCGACCCCUUCUGCAGGCAGCCCCCCCAAAACGACGCCGGAGAGUCAGGAGGAUUCGGCAGAAACCCCGAAGCAGAAGCUGUUGAACCUCAUUGGGAACAUGAAGGUGGAAGUGAGCUCCAUGAAGAAAUUCCAGCAGCUGAGAAAACGUGAGACCAACAGGCAGACUGAGACCCAGCGGGAAGGCCUGGGCAGCAGAGCUAGUGCCCUCCCCAGAGCUGCAGAGGAUGCCCAGCGAAGCAAGUCUUUAAAACGAGAACUAAUAGAAGCUGUUUCUGCUGUCGCCUCUUCUUUACCACUCAACAAGAAACAGACAGAGUCUGAUUUACUUGCACAACUAAGAAGACAUGAAGAAACUACAGAUAAACAGAAGAAGGGGGGAACUGUUAACAUACGCAACGUUAUUUCAGACAUGACAAUUAAGAAAGAGUCCCCAGCCCAGAGAGGUGUGAGGGUCUCCAAUCUCAUUUCUUUGGAGUUCGAAGAGGAUGGUAAAAGAAUCAAGCCUGAACAACUCGGAACUCAGUCUUCUGACCCAAGAAGGAGUCUCAAAGUAGGAAAGAGGCUUAAUAUUUUCACUAAGACUUCUCCAGAUACAGAAAAAGCAGUGACAGCAGCAUCAUCACCAACCAUUUGGGAUUUGGAAUUUGCAAAGGAGAUUGCGGCAGUAACUGAGCAGCCUCCCCGAAAUGGUUUUGAGGAAAUGAUCCAGUGGACAAAGGAAGGAAUACUGUGGGAAUUCCCAAUUGACAAUGAAGCUGGGAUGGAGGAUGAUGCAGAAUUUCAUGAACAUAUUUUUUUGGAGAAACACCUGGAGGACUUCCCCAAGCAAGGACCCAUUCGCCACUUCAUGGAGCUCGUGAUCUGUGGGCUUUCCAAAAACCCCUACCUGACUGUUAAACAGAAGAUCGAGCACAUUGAGUGGUUUCGGAAGUAUUUUGAAGAAAAGCAGGAAUUUCUUCAAGGGAUUUGAGACUUGAAACUUCCUCACCUUGAACUGAAGAAUCUAUUAAGGCAAAAUUGAUAACUUCUUAAUAAAAGGAAACACUAUCAAUGCAUAGUAAGCAUGUGACCUCCUGAAUUUUGUUUUUAAUAUUAAAAUGCUUGAAAUGUCAUGCUUGUGUGUGUGUGUGUCCAUGUAUAUAGAUACUUUUUAGAAACAAAGGACUGCAAGUUGCUGACAUGAUAGAUUGCUCAUCUAAAAGUUUAGUUUGUGUAUUAAAAUCAUCGUCAGUUAAACUUGGCACUGAUCUUUGACCAUCUAGAACGUCUAUUAAGUCUGAUUGCACUUCCCUUUUGUUUGGUGUUCGUCAUACUGUUUCACUGGGAGUAACAGUUUCAGGCACAGUUCUGGAUAGAUUUGUUCAUUUUUCCU